GCCUUCUACGAAUUUUGUAAUAUUUCUGUAUAAAAUAAAAUAAAAUGGGCACUAAACGACCCCACAACAGUGUGGUACCAGCCCAGGAGACAAAGCGCAGUAAAAAUGAUAUAAUAGCAUAUACAAAUCGGGAUAAAGCGCUCUUGGAAUCGGGUGUAAGAAGAACAUCCAAUCUGCAGGCACCCAUAAUGCAAUUGGAGGGACAUGAGGGAGAGAUCUUUACGACAGAAUUCCAUCCGGAAGGAGAACUUUUGCUGUCCUCUGGCUUCGAUCGCCAGCUUUAUAUUUGGCAAGUCUAUGAUGACUGUGAGAAUGUAAUGGCCAUGUCCGGACACACUGGAGCCGUGAUGGAAGCCCAUUUUACCCCCGAUGGCUCCCACAUCUUCACCUGCUCCACAGACAAAACGCUGGCCAUUUGGGAUAUAGUCACGGGCCAAAGAUUGCGUCGUUUCAAGGGCCACACGAGCUUUGUGAACAGUGUCCAGGGCACGAGGAGGGGACAACAGCUGCUGUGCUCCGGCAGCGAUGAUCGGGGCAUCAGGAUUUGGGAUGCCAGAAAAAAGCACGCCGUGCAGACCCUGGAGUCGCCAUACCAGGUGACAUCCGUGUGCUUUGGCGACACUGGAGAGCAGGUCAUCACCGGCGGCAUCGAUAAUGAGCUGAAGAUCUGGGACAUACGCAAGCAGGAGGUGCUGCACCAUCUGCGCGGACACACGGACACCAUCACGGGAAUGUCCCUCUCGCCAGAAGGUGACUUUAUCCUCACCAACUCCAUGGAUAACACCUUGAGGGUGUGGGAUGUGCGUCCCUAUGCCCCGGGCGAACGGUGUGUGAAGGUCUUUCAGGGACAUCAGCACAAUUUCGAAAAGAAUCUGUUGCGAUGUGCUUGGGCCCCAGGCAGCGAUAAGGUCUCUGCUGGUUCCGCUGAUCGGCAGGUCUAUAUUUGGGAUGUGAACACAAGGAGGAUACUGUACAAGCUCCCUGGACAUAAUGGCAGUGUAAACGAUGUCGACUUCAGCCCCAAAGAGCCGCUUAUACUCUCCGCCUCCAGCGAUAAGACUUUGUAUCUGGGAGAGAUUGAGGAAUGACACUACUUCGGAGACAUUUGAUGAUUAAUAAACCUUAUAAUGUCGA